ACAGCUCUUGAUAGGCACAUGCUUUUUCGACACACCACGGACAAGCCUUUCGUUUGCGAUUACUGUAAUUAUCAAUGCAAAUUGCAACAUGAUCUCAAUCGGCACAUUCGGCUGCGCCAUUCAUCUCAAAGGUCUCCUUCCGCCAGCUCAGGCGCUCCCCCAAGUGUUCAGCACAAUUCUGUACUUGUUAUGGACGCAGACUUGGACGUCUCGGAAUCGCGCUCCACUUCGACCCCCGUGUUAGGACCACUGGCAGCCGCUGGUGCACUUUCUCUGCUCAAACCGUCAGACACAUUUACGUCUACUGUGUCAGAUGCAAUAAAACCGGUUCCAUCGUCCCACCCGAGCUCUAAACCCCAUUGGAUCACAUGCCCCCAACCCGGAUGCCGUUUCAGGACCACCAAACGUCUCGGUUAUUUGGUCCACAUUGGCCGCAAGCACAGUUCUGUCAUACAGAGCAAUCCGUUGGCUAAUCUCGACGGUGAUGCGCACUAUGAUGGACCCAACUCCGGUGGUUCCUAUGCUUGUCAUUUGUGCCCGGUGACGAAACGUAGAGGUUUUGAUCUAUCCAAGCAUUUAAUGCGAGAUCACCAGCUGAAUCGUCCCACAGGCCACGUGCGCUUUAACUACACGCUGUCCGCAGAUGGACAUUAUCGCCUUCAGCUCACUCGGCUGGACACAGUAUCGGUUGCGACUGCUGUGUUGGGCGAAAACGUGGUCAGUGGACUUCUUCCUGCAUCUAGCUGACAAGCGUUUGUAUUGUACUUUUCUCUACCACAUCGCCCCUUUCUCCUUGCUCUAGUCUGAUACUUUCUAUAUUAUACGGUAUUCUUUCCUACGUGGAAUAUACUCGACUCUUCUGAGUGUUCUGUUAUCUUAUUGUCUCACCCACUGGAAAACAUAUUGGCGCCUUGCAUUUUAAUGGCUUAGUUGCAAUACGUUUGGAAAUCCGGUUUAUUCAUUCAUCAAUCUCUGUCUUUUUAUUUCUGUUCCAUCUGUACUCGCUUCGGCGGUACCUAUACUACAAUUGAAACCACACAGCCCCCGCGCAAGAAUGACGUGCAAAAUCGUGAA